AUGGACGACGCAUGGAGCCCUUGGUCAGAAUGGGCCUACGAUGAGAAGAAUAAGACAAUGUAUCGAGUUCGCCAGGACCGAUAUGGUGUGCUCCCCAGAAUCCCAGACUCAACCACCAAAUUCAACUCCAAUCCUAACCCGUUCCACAGGAAAUUUAGACUAUCAGACCAGUACCUCCACGCCCCGAGAGACUGGGGGUGUUGCAGCAAUAACACAAACCUUGGGGACUACUACUCUGUCCUCCCCAUCCUCAAGCUACGAAAAUCCUCACUCGAGUUUACCAGUCACAAGGACAAGGACAGAUCGUCCAAACCCUCCAAGUCCAAAAGCAAGGACAAAGACAAAGGAAAGGAGAAGAGCACCAGCAAGCACCAUUCUCAUGACAAGAGUUCCUCACAUCGUAAGGGACAUGUCGGCACCUCAUCGGCGGCGGCGGCGCCCUCUGGACGUGGAAGCUCUUCCACUGCAUCCUCGUCAAAACAGCAUGCUGACUUAUAUGAUCCGUCCCAACUAAGCAUCGAUCCGCAGACGGGACAGUACUUUUAUCACCGUCGCGAAUCAGUGGACUCGACUGGCCAAGACUCUGAGUAUCCUGCAACAGACGAACAACAACAUGAACUACUGAAUGCCGCCGAGAAUGCAGAAGCUUCGGCAUACCCUUUUGGUCAGGGUAUUGCUGGACCUUCGGAUCCGAGUUAUUCUGCUUCGGCAAACACUUACGAACUCGAAGAUGAUGGCUCCUCCACUCCCCGGAACCACAAUCACAUUGCUGCUGACCAGGAAGAUGACACUUUUGAGCAAAUGGACCCACGGUACCGCGUUGAACACUCUAGUAGAUUUGAACCCGGAUCGAUCUUCAAGGUGUAUUGGUCAGAGCCUCAAGGCUCCUCAGAUAAUCAUAAACACCCCAGCGUAUCCGGGAAGCAAGAGAUUCAGGACAAAUUUGGCAUGCCGUUUUAUGUGGGAUUCCGCCGCUUUAUUGUCAUUGCUAAUGACCAAGGACACUGUACCUGCGUACCGAUUCUCACUUACGGUAGCAGAGGCUGCAGAAAGUCAGGUGUCAAGCCCAACAAACACGGAAUUGUUCACGAGGUUGGGCGAAGCGCGCGCAGGGUCGAUGGCGAGCCGCCGCUGGGAUUUCCUCCGGUUCAGGUCCAAUUGACCCAAGAUGGCGAGAAACUUUCCAAAGAGUCCCGCGUGAACUAUUCUAAGCUGGUCACGGUUGAGCACAACGUUGCUGUUUUCUUUAUUGGAUCUGUCGUACAUGCCAGUUGGCCUAUCGUCGAGGACGCCGUCAACCAAUGCUGGGAUCAGAAGGUCCAUCACCGCCGGCCAAGGCAUUGA